AUGGAUGUGAGCCUUACGGUAGAAAGAACGAAAAACUUAAGGAUGAAAAUGCAUGCAAAGCAGAUUAUGAAUAGAUGCUGUAGAUCAUAUAUUGACAUAUCAGCAGAGGUGAUUGAAGUUGCUCCGACUAAUUGCGUCGUAGAAAUAUCAAGAUCUGCAGGGGAGCUCGGAACAUACAGAGAAUUCUGUAAGAGUUUAUCAAGUCAGCUGAGAGAGGAACCUGCUGUUUCAUCACAAAUGCAAGAGUCUGAUGUGGUCAGCAUUCAAAGCCAAAGUAUCCCCAAAAAAGAAAGCUCUGAGGAGUCAAAUUCCAGAAAAAUUAAAGACCACCGUGGCUAUUCAUCGUCUUGA